GCCGCGCGGGGAAUCGGGGCAACUGGACGCGGAGCUAGGUCUGGACUGGCAACGCACCGGGACCAUGAUGGAGCCUCCAACGCUCGGAAUGCGGAGAGAUGGUUGGCGAAGUGGAGGUGAUGGAACAUUCCGGGGAAAUCUGCAGCUCGAUAGGUGCGCUACGUAGUAUUCGUGCUUGGAAGUCCACCAGCACGUGUCACGGCUUUCACCGCAGCACCGAAUGUUCCUGGAACUCGAACACGGGCGUUCCAGGGUCUCGGUCUAGUUUCCACGCGACACGAGGCCAUCGGGGGAGCAGUGCAGGAGAGCCGCAUACGGUCUUGGGUGGAAGUAUAAAGUGCUGCAGAUCUCCUCGUGUGGGGUUUAUUUCCGUCAUGUUACUUCCCGCCUUUAGACGAAGGGUCGAGACGUGAUACACGGAAGGCACUUUGAACAUCCCCCACGAUGGCCCUCUCCCCCAAGUGGUACCAGUUCCUAGUGGGCGUUUUCGCCUCACUCGGGUCCCUGCUGUACGGUUACGACUUGGGUGUUAUUGCCCAGGUCAUUGCCGCACAGUCGUUCAAAACCAAGUUCAACCCCAGCAACAAUGAGGAAGCAGCAGUCGUAUCCGUCUUCACAGGCGGUGCCUUCUUUGGUGCCGCGGCCGCCGGCCCCAUGGGUGACAGGCUCGGCCGUCGCUGGACAAUCUUGCUCGGCGCCCUCGUCUUUUGCCUGGGAGGUGCCCUGCAGACAGGAGCUCAGGCUCUCUCGUACCUCUACGCUGGACGGGCCAUCGCUGGUGUCGGGGUUGGCGUUCUCUGCAUGAUCGUCCCUCUAUAUCAGGCCGAACUCGCGCACCCCAGCAUCCGCGGUCGAGUCACCGCUCUGCAGCAGUUCAUGCUUGGUAUUGGUGCUUUGGCGGCGGCCUGGAUUUCUUACGGCACUUAUGUCGGUUUUGCCCCCACGAACGACGGGCAAUGGCGGACCUCACUCGGUAUCCAGGUCGUCCCCGCUGUCUUCCUCGCCGCCCUCAUUCUCCUCUUUCCCGAGUCUCCGCGCUGGCUCAUCGACCACGACAAGCCCGAACUCGGCCUACAGACGCUGGCCAAGCUGCACGCCCACGGUGACACCACCGAUGCCUGGGUGCAGGCCGAGUACCAGCAGAUCCGAGAGGCCGUCGCUUUCGAUCGCGCGAACGAAGCCAAGUCGUACGCGGAGCUGUUCAAAGACAAAUCCUGCUUCCGGCGUCUCGUGCUGGCUUGUGCACUCCAGGGUGGUGCCCAGAUGACGGGUGUUUCCGCGAUCCAGUACUACUCAGUCACCAUCUACGGCCUCAUGGGGAUCGAGGGCGACGACACGCUCCAGUACCAAGCCAUCUCAUCCAUCCUCGCGCUGGUGGCACAGGCACUCUGCAUGCUGUUCAUCGACAAGUUCGGGCGGCGCUGGCCGCUCAUCUUUGGCAAUCUCGGCAACUGCGUCACCUUCAUCAUCGCCACCAUCUUGCUGGCCAAGUUUCCCCCUGGGGCCAACGACAACCAGGCGGCAGCGUGGGGCUUCAUCGUGGUCACCUGGGUGUACAACUUCAGCUUCAGCGCGACGUGCGGCCCCCUGUCCUGGAUCAUCCCGGCCGAGGUGUUCGAUACCAAGACGCGGUCCAAGGGCGUGUCCAUCGCGACCAUGACCUCGUUCGCGCUCAACACCAUGAUUGGGCAGAUCACCGGGCCGGCCAUGAAGACGGUCGGGCACCGCUACUAUAUCCUGUUUGUCAUUUGCAACUUCACCAACGCCCUGUUCUUCUGGGCUUUCCUCCCCGAGACGGCUCGUCGCCCGCUCGAGGAGAUGAACCGGCUGUUCACGGACGCGCCCCUGUUUGUGCCAACCAUGGACCGGAAGGACUGGGCGGCCAACGACCUCGAGCGUCGUGUUGAGGAGGUCAAGGCCAAGCAGGAGUCGGUGCACGUGGGAUAAGCUAAUGGCAGCGGAGUCGGUGUUUUCAUUACUCGUACAUCUGCUUGUAUCUCUAGACCCUGAUCUGCUAGUUCUCUAGAAAUAUUAGUAGUCUGUAAGAUUUCUCUCG